UUCUGAUGACUUUUAUAUUUCUUAUUUGCUUUUUUUUAAUUGGAACUAGCGUUUAUAUGUCUGAAGCGCAUAUUUACUGUACUGAAUUAAUAAAAUUUGUGUUAACUGCCCAGAUUUUACCCUGUCAUAAUCAUCACUGUUUUUCUUUUUAUGAUUAUGUAGUACUUUUUUAAAUGACUCCUGAAAAUACACCAAGAUCGCAAUAGUGCGCCGGUUUCCGUU